AUGGCGGACAUCCAGCUUCAAGAGCUGAACAAGCAGCCUGGCUACACGGCCACACCCAUCAAGCACGAGGACGAUGGCUUCCAGGACCAGCCGGAUCUCGACCGAGAUUACGAUCCCAGCCAUGACAAGCGGGAUAUGUACCGGCUCGGAAAGAAGCAGCAAUUGAAGCGUCGAUUCAGAUACUUUUCCAUUGCGGGCUAUAUUAUCGUGCUCGGGAACUGCUGGGAGUUCUCGAUUGUGACCAGUGUCUACUCGCUGGCCAACGGAGGCACUGGUGGAGCGAUAUGGAUGACUAUCCUCGUUAUCACGGGUGUUUUCUUGACUGUCGUCAGCAUGGCCGAGGUAGCUUCAAUGGCUCCUACCAGCGGAGGCAAUUACGCCGUCGGCUGGUUCGGCCUUAUCGCCUGGCAAGUCAGCUUGUCCUCGUGCGCGUACAUCUUCUCGAACCAAAUCCUCGCUCUCAUCACAGUCGUCAACCCGGACUUUGUCGGCCAGGGCUGGCAGGCCUCUCUCCUGACGAUCCUCUCGUCCCUGACUGCGGUGCUCCUGAGCGUCUUCGUCAUGCAAAAGUUGGAUCUGGCUGAAGGCCUGGCAGUCGUGGCACACGGCUUGGGCUUCAUCGCCUUCAUCGCCAUCCUCUGGGUCAUGGGGCCGGGUCCGAACACGAAUGCAUACGAUGUGUUCUUUACGUUCAACGAUGACUACGAAUGGGGCAGUCCAGGGCUAGCAGCGCUUGUUGGUCUCAUCGGUCCCAUCGCCACCUUUAUCGGAGGCGACCCUGCCGUCCAUCUCGCUGAGGAGCUCCAAGAUGCGAGCUACGUGCUUCCACGUGCAAUGGUCUCCGCGUCAGGGGUCAACUACCUGAUUGGAUUCAUCGCUCUGAUCAGUUUCGUAUUCAACCUUGGACCGCUCGACGACCCUCACCUGUGGGAUUACAACGAACAGCCAUGGGUCGCCGUCAUCUACCGCAUUACUGGAUCGAAAGCUGCGACGAUUGUGUUCAUCGUCAUCAUUCUUAUCAAUUUCUUCACCCUGCAGGUCAACAGCGUGAUGACCUCUUCGCGUCAGCUCUGGGCCUUUGCCCGCGACAAGGCCCUCCCUUAUUCAGAGUGGCUGGCUCGAGUCCACACCGACGGUAUUCCCAGGAACGCAGUGGUCGUUACCAUGGUUGUCGCUGCUCUUCUCUCGCUCAUCGUCAUCGGCUCGACGGUUGCCUUCAACAUCAUCCUUUCCAUCAGUACCGCCGGUGCAUAUGCAUGCUACAUCUGCAUCCUCAGCACCAUCAUCUACCGCCGCUUCGACGGCAACGACUUCCCUCCGACCAGAUACUCCCUCGGACGCAUGGGCCUGCCGAUCAACAUUGCCGCCCUCGUGUACUUGAUCGUGGCGUUCAUCUUCAUCUUCUUCCCUUACAAGCCGAACCCAAAGCCAGACGAGAUGAACUGGGCAUGUCUGAUGUUUGGCUCGUUGAUCAUCCUGAGUUUCAGCUGGUACUUUUACAAAGCACGGAAGGUCUACGAUGGCCCGGUGGAAUACGUCCGUCGAGACGUGCAAGAGAUCAUGUAG